CCGAUGACAAAAAUGUAUCUCCAUGUUCAUUUUAAUGCGUCUAAGCACGUGACAGUACAAUAAUUUAUGUACGUGUAAGCCGACGUUUCACAACACUACGUCUUACCUGUCUGGCGUAGGUUGAACAAGGCACCACGAUCCACCACACCUGUUUUCGAAUGCAACGCCAUGUCAUCGAAGAAACUACAGCGACGCCAUCUUCAGACGGGUCACGUUGCGGCGAGCGCGCGAACUAAAAAGCCAAUGUGGAGUCCAGCUGUUCCCAGACGCAAGACCUACCAAAUACCGGUUCCUGAAGGACAGGCAUCGCAUCGCGUGGGAGGACCUGGGCUGCGGGCAGACAAGGGAUAUACAGAAUGGCAGAAGACAUUGAAAUUACUCCUGGAAAAGUUAUUGGAAGCAGCCACCCCUGCUUUAUAAUUGCAGAGAUAGGACAGAACCACCAGGGAGAUAUUAAACUUGCAAAGCAACUGAUUCACGCUGCCAAGGACAGCGGGGCGGACUGCGUCAAGUUCCAGAAGUCGUCCCUCGCAGACAAGUUCAAUGCCGGGGCGCUGGCCCGGCCCUACCCGGGGCCCCACUCCUGGGGCGAGACGUACGGGCAGCACAAGCAGCACCUCGAGUUCUCCCUGGGGCAGUUCAGGGAGCUGCAAGCGUGCGCCCUCGACCUCGGGCUGGUGUUCUCUGCCUCUGCCAUGGACAUGGUGUCAGUGGAUGAACUGGACUCCAUCAAUGUCCCAUUUAUUAAAAUUGGCUCGGGUGAUGCAGAUAACUUUCCAUUGCUACAGCAUGCAGCAUCAAAACAAAGGCCACUCAUUAUAUCCACAGGUAUGCAGUGCAUGGAGACAGUGCGAGAGAUGUACCAGACCGUUAGAGCCGUCACACACAAGUUCUGCCUUCUCCACUGCGUCUCAUCCUACCCCACUCCGGACGAAAGUGUCAACCUGCGAGUCAUCAACACUUUCAGGCAGGAAUUCCCAGACAUCCACGUAGGCUACUCUGGCCACGAGCUGGGGACUGCCAUAUCUGUGGCGGCUGUUGCCAUGGGCGCCAAAGUGCUGGAGCGACACCUGACGCUGGACAAGAGCUGGAAGGGCAGCGACCACGCCUGCUCCCUCACGCCGGCCGAGCUGUCCCGCCUGGUGGGCGACGUGCGCUGCGUGGAACGGGCCCUGGGCAGCCCCACCAAGAGGCGGCUCCCCUGCGAGGAGGCCUGCCACGCCAAGCUGGGCAAGACGCUGGUGGCCGCGCGCCGGCUGGAGGCGGGCCGGGAGCUGGGGGCACGCGACCUGCUGGCCAAGGUCGCGGAGCCCAGGGGCUUCGCCGCGGCCCGCCUGCGAGACCUCAUCGGCAGGACCCUGCGCGUCGCCGUGGAGCGCGACCAGAGCAUCCUCCCCAGCUACGUCCACAUUCCAUGACUUCUUGGAACUGCUGCCAGGUUUAAAAAUCUUAAUGCUGCAAAUUAACUUCAUGACAAGUUGUUUUAUUUCGUGAUACUUUACACGACUGUCGCUUUUGAGUCAAUGCAACCGGCAGGGCCGGCGCAUCCAUAUAGGCGAACUAGGCAACCGCCUAGGGCAGGGGUCGGUGACCUUUUGAGUCGGAAGAGUCAAAAAAUACAAUUUACAAAAUUUCAAAAUUUUUAAAGAGCCACAAAAAUUUUUCUUGCCAACAAUAAAUAGGCAAGUACUUGCAUAAAUUUUUUUUUAUGAAAAAACUAAUCUAUUGAUUCAUAAGAAAAAAUAUACUUAUAUAAGUUGUGUUUCUUCACAACAAAUUAGAUAAUAUAUAUGGUUUUAUUAGAUAAUCACUUAUUAUUUAAGUAAGAAGUUAAAACAAUUAAAUAUUUGCUUACAACACUAACUUGUACUUCAAUAACAAACAAUUCAGCAAACAAAUUCAAUGGGAGCGAUGGCUUUGCAUUGUUAUUUAAGUAGAAAAUUUAAAUUUUACUAAACAAUGUAACUUGUACAAAAAAACAAUAGCAUACAUUUGAACAAACAAAUUCUAUGGGAGCGUUGGAUUUGCAUGGUUUUAGAAAGUUUGGAUAAAUCUGGCUCAUAACUUGUUGUUUUAAGUUUCAAGCACGGCUCUAAAUUUCCAUUUGUUAGUUGGCUUCUUACUUUACUUUUAAUUAUAUAUUAAUGCAAGCGAACGCUUGCUCGCACGAAUAUGUCGAUCCAAAGAUAGUCAACAUUCCAAAUGCCAACUUCUUCACCUUACUGUAGCAAUCUGGAAGACUAUUCCAUGCGUCGAAUAUAAGGGCCUCAUCUCGCGGCAUUUCUUUUAAAGCUGUCCAUUUUUGUUGCGUUACGUACAUACAUUUCGGGACCUCCAACUCUUCCAACUUGCUUUUCAACUCUGUAAAUUUUCCACUCCACAAAGCUUUACUUUUUAAAUCGAUCAAUUGCAUUUAUUGAGAUCCAGUAUCAACUCCAAAUGGCUCAAUGUGAAUUUCGUUACUAUUUGUGUUGAGAGGAUUUACUAUGAAUGCUAAGAGUGUUUUCGUUGGUUUUGAAUUGCUGAAAUCUGUCAGCAAAUUCAUCUUUAAUUUUUUUAUAACUGUGAUGAAGUAAUUCGUGUCAAAAGUUGCACUGGUUUUAUUGCGAUAUUGCUUUAGAAAUUGAAAAUGAAGUAACUUACCGCUCUGAAUAUCUUCUGCAAAAAUAAUUAAUUUUUCUUACCUUUACUUCGGUUUUUUUAAUUAUUAUAUAUGUGUACAUACAUACCUUUGAGAAGAUAAUUCGCUUGUAACUCUUCUACUUGAAACAACAAACUACGUCACAGCACUGGUGAAGACGCCAAACUGUCUUGCGUCGAAAGCUAAUUCAAACCUACAUAGAAACAUCCGACGACGGCGUCAUUCGAGAGCUUCCGACGGACUGACGACAGUGACGACGCGUGUCACGGGGGAGGGGUGCGGGGAAAAGCGAGUACAAGUGGCUGAGAGAUAGAAAUGGUGCCUAAUCCUCGUUCAUCGAUUUAGAACGAUAUUUUAAUGUUUUUUUUAUAAAAUAAUUAAUAUUUGCGUAUGGAACUAACGAGCCGCAGCUUCACAACCAAAGAGCCGCAUGUGGCUCGCGAGCCGCAGGUUGCCGACCCCUGGCCUAGGGCGCCAAGUAGCUGGGGGCGGCGCAGCACAACACAACACAUAACAGCUGAUAUAAUAUGUUUAACGAUUAUUGAAACUAGAUGAAAAUGGAUUUUUGCAACAGUUUGGAAUGUUUAUAUUGAUAUAAGUAAUUAUUUAAAGUCCACGGUGACUUGUUUAUGAUUUGUAAUAAGUAAAAACGUAAAAAAAACACAAGCCUGUUUAUAUUUGAUUGACAAAAUCUUAGGCUUACGUGAUGUAUUUUGAGGCGUAUUUUGGGGUGUCCGGCCGAGGGGGGGGGGGGCAUUAAGGUUUUUCGUCUAGGGCGGCAAUUUACCUUGCACCGGCCCUGGCAACCGGCAGUACUUAUGAUGCUGUUGCACACAACUAUUUUGCUAGUUGAAGCAUACUUCUUUCCCUUGUAUAAACACAACAUUCACGUGUUGGUGUUCUGCAUUUGUUGUGCUUUACUUUGUGAAAGCGUCAAUUUUUUCCAUGCGUAGAAUUAGACGUAUAUUGGUCAAUACCAAUCCCCAUCUUUCUUUUUAGCUCGUACACUUCCCCUCAAAAUUCUGCUUUGCCGCAGGACAAAAAAAAAUUUCCAUCUAUUUCCCCUCCGAGUUGUGAAGUUUUUCAUUUUUAUUUGUAAGAAAAUGAGAACAGUAUAUUUUUUUACAGGUUCUCUAAACUCACAAUUGUCACUCAAAUCCUUUUAGACUGUAUGUGGAUAAGCAAGGUUAUGCUACUUCCAUGACCAAGACAAAACAAAAUACUUAUAUAAGGGUGUAAAUUUUUUUUGUCAGUGUAAAGCUGGCCUCACCUUAUAUUCCAUGCCUUUUUCUAGAGUAAAACUUAUUUUAUAACUUUUUUUUCCUUAAAGAAUGUAAGACCCUGAAAAUGGAUAUAGUUUUUUGUACUGUGUUAUUUGCAUGCCAUGUAGGUGUACAUUAUGUUAAAAUUAUCAUUUUAGUGGUUCUCAAAUAAGGAAAAAUUUAUGUAAUAAACCAAAGAUGAUUUUUAUACUGUUUGUGUAAUUUUAAUCUACUGCACAACUGUAACAAUUUUUUGAUUAAUUUACAACAAAUUAAUCAUUGUUGGCUUUUAAAUGCCAACAUUAUAUCUGAAACUAUUAACACAACAUUUUACCAGAGUGGUUAAUACUGAAAAUUGUAAUUUUGUGCAAUAUAGUUGAUAACAAAAGACUAUGAUAUUUACCCGCAGAAGGGUUCACCCCUUCGUAUGGAUCAAAUCCUUAAUUUUGGGCAAAAAAUCUAACCCUCGAAUAUGAAUCGCACCAUAUAAGGGUCUCCAGUAGAAUACAAGUGAAGUCUUUAUGGUCCGUGUCUCAGCUUAUUCGCGCAUAAUAACCUGUACCGAGGUAGGUCCUUCGCUUUUCCCCUUUUCAUCCUUUAUGGCCCUCCCUCCCCCUCCCCCUCCCCCUUCAUCCUAGCUCUAUCUAACAAAAAAUACAAAGAAAUAUAAUGCUAUUUUUCAUACCCAUGUUGUUUCCCUUCCCAAAUUUCCUUAAGACUGCAGGCUAUUUCCUUGUCAUUUUUUUUGUCAGUUUCUUCAGUAAAAACAAUCAUGCCCUUUACAGAAUUUUUAUCUUGAAUAAAAUGUUACAGUAGAAAGCAUAGGAAAUUUCACACAAAAAUAAUUUUUGGACACAGUUGCGUGACAAAAACCUGUUGAGAUAAGACGAUGACGAGAGGAGGGAGAACCAUAAACACUGGUGCAUGCCCACGAUGUUGCAUCCCUCUGCAGUUGCCGGUAUGGUGUUUGGAUAUUUGGACAGUCAUCCACGCACACGCAGUGGUCAAUACAAAGUUGAGUGGUUUGUAAUGGGGUCCCCACAGUUAAUUUGGAUCAAAAAAUAGGGGUUUACAAAAACUUGUUUCUUGAAUAUCCAUUUCCCCAACAAUUAUACCAUACUUUUAGUCAAUCAAAUACAUAUUUUCUUCACUGUUUUCAAAUAUUCUUGACACUGACUGAAAAAAAAAAAAAAAUUCUAGAUAGCAAAAUUUCAAUUUUAACUAAAUAGCACUGUGUGUGAUAGCAUUUGACAAAUUUGAAACAUUUUUACACCAGCUUACUAAUCUGUUGUUGGCUUGAAAAAAGAACAGUGUUAUGUAUAACAUAUAAAUUUAAUAAACAAAUGCAGACUUUCCGCAUAUAUAUAUUUAUAUAUAUUUAGUUCAUACAAAUUCUUGCUAUAAUCUAAUUGACAGUGAGGUCAUAAGAGACUAUAAAACACAACUGAACGAAACAAAGACUUUUGGAAGGAAUCGGCCAUUUCUUAUUAGGAACCAAGGCAGGAAAUCACGGAGAACCAAAACUAGGAUGGCCGGAUCGAAAUGUGAACUAAAUCCACCGAAAUGCGAGUACCAUAUCUCACCACUGCGACACUGUUCCAUAACUGUUCACUUUCCAUUCAUCCUUUAGAUCACUACCUUGCUCAAGAAAGAUUCUCUCCAAUCUCAGAUGCAAUGCAUACAAGCAGUGCAUAUUGUACCACAAAGCAAGGAAGAUAAAGAGUGGCAAUUCAAUGCUAUAACUAAUGCUCUUAUUUUCUUUGGAAAUCUGGGAACUGCAUAAUAUUUAGAAGCAAACUAACAACCUAAAAGUUGUAAACUUUUCAAAAGUAACCAUGAUUUUUUU